CCAAAAGUGGGCACCUCUGCAACUUCGCGCCCUACGUGUCUGUGGGGAGCCUUGUGAGUGCAUAAAGCUCUCUUGAUGGUCAGAUUCUGUAUGCAAUGUACCUCUGCCGGCUAGACAACUUGACUGCGGGCUUCCUCUAGUGGAUGUUUCUAGCGGCCCGGCUCAGAGCUUUGGUCGUAUAUAGUCCACGCCCCCUCUUCCGUGAUCUGCGUUGUGCAAAAUCAAAUUUUUUGGGGACUACAGCCAUUUGGAGACCGGAUCUCUCAGAGACAACUCAUAUCCAUUGGGGCUUACCUUUAUCGGGACACCUACCGCUCAGUGUGGAUGUUUAACGAUUACAAGCGAUUCCGACAACUUGGAUAUUAGCAAUAUUCUCGACACGAGAUACGCGAAUACGUCACAUUUGCUCUUGCAAUUAUCUUGGACUACUCUGAAUGAGCAGUGAACUCAAAGGCAGCACGCCAGGACCAAUUCCAGACGAUCAUAAACUCGAACCCAUCAACUCUUAUCCGGCCGCUGAAUUUACUAUCCCGCCCGCCGACACCCUUUCAAGAUGCCGCAGUGCCCGAACUCACUCUGUCGAUGUCCCGGUACGGGAGAAGUCGAAGCAGAAUGAAGGACGUCCAGGUGCCUCUUCAGAUGAAGAGAAUCCAUCAGUAAUUUCCGAAGAUGAAGUCACCUACCCCGAAGGUGGUUGGGAGGCCUGGCUCUGCGUUCUAGGAUCUUUCUCCGGUCUUCUUGCAGCCCUGGGAAUGAUGAAUACGGUUGGAGUCUACCAUAGCUAUCUCGCCGAGCAUCAAUUGCGAGGCUACAGCGAGAGCUCGAUCUCUUGGAUCUUCUCCAUGUACAUCUUCCUCUCGUUCUUCUGCGGGCUCCAGAUCGGACCCAUCUUCGACGCACACGGUCCCAGACUCUUGGUGCUCGCUGGGAGCAUCUUGUUGUGCCUGUCGAUGUUCCUCCUCGGAAUUUGCACGCAAUACUGGCACUUCUUCAUGGUCUUCGGAGUCCUUGGUGGCCUAGGCACGAGCCUGAUUUUCACGCCCGCUUUUGCGGCUGCCAGUCACUUCUUCCUCGUAAAGCGAGGCAAUGCAACAGGCAUCGCUGCUGCCGGAGGCUCACUUGGAGGUGUCAUCUUCCCGCUGGCUCUGCAGCAAUUGCUGCCCAAGGUUGGGUUUGAGUGGGCAACGCGGAUCAUCGCUUUUAUCGAUGUGUUCUGCUGCAUCAUUGCUUGUAUUUUCAUCAAGUCUCGACUGCCUCCCAAGCCUGGACAGUCUGUCUUACCUGACUUCCGGAUAUUCCGCGACAAGUCGUACUUGUUGCUUACAGUUGCCAUCUUCUUGAUGGAGUGGGCACUUUUCGUUCCCAUCACGUACCUUACGACCUUUGCAGCAUCAAGCGGUGCCAUGUCGCAUGCAUUCUCGUACCAGCUCGUUGCAAUUUUCAACGCUGGCAGCUGUCUCGGACGGUGGGUCCCUGGCCUGUUAGCAGACAAAUUGGGCCGCUUCAACUGUAUGAUCGGGGCGCUUGCUGUCUGCGGAGCGACAUCGUUGACCUUCUGGCUCCCCGCUGCAAUUCUCACGCCUGCCACAUCCAACACUGCGGCGACCAUCAAGGCCCUCUCGAUUAUCUACGCCGUCAUCUUCGGCUUCGCAUCCGGAUCCAACAUCUCUCUGACUCCAGUGUGCGUUGGUCAGCUUUGCGACACGAGCCAAUACGGACGCUACUACGCUACUUGCUACAUGGUCGUGUCAUUCAGCACGCUGACGGGUAUCCCAAUCGCUGGCAGCAUUCUCGGACAGACGUCCGGCGGCUCGUACUGGGGUGUGGUCAUCUGGACCAUUAUCUGUUAUGUGAUCUCAUCGGGCCUCUUCAUGUGGAGUCGUUCUAUGCACGUUGGCUGGAAGCUCGUCAAGUUCUAGGAGUAUUUGCACUUUAUGUGCCGUGGGGGUUAGCUGCAAAAUGCGUUUUAGUGCAGGUGUUAGUGUUGAGAGUCGUUGAUCCUUCAGAGAAACGCUGGGUGUAGGAGGUCUGAUUCGAGGAAAGCAUGGCCCCCUUGGGUUGUUUGGUUCUAGUAGUGUACUUAUGCCCUGCGCAGGGCGACGUUCUUUAAUGAAAGCGCUUUGUUCCUCAA